GCAAAGCCCUCCAGGGUGCUAGAGGGGCGUAGGUUUGUGGCUGGAGUGAGGACGUGUCUACCGUGUCCCGCGUGGUUGCUGACGCGCCGACCCACCGCGGAAUCAUGCAGCCCUUCUGCUUCCCACGGGUCUUGUUUCUGGCCAACGCCGGCCUGGGCCUCACUAAGGCCCCCAGGACCCUUGCUCUGUUUUCUUUCUUUUCAUGCUUGCUUUAAGAACUGUCUCUUGGUUGGAGCCUCUGGCUGUACAGUCAGUCAGGGGCUUUUAAGAGGCAGAGCCCGGGUCCUGGGAGCCGAACCUGACCAAGGAGUGUGACGUGCUCGACCCCAGGCCUUCUGGAGCCUUGGUCUCCUGCAGAAAUUUCCAGCAUACUUUUCUUCCAUCCCUCCGGGGAAGAUCACACACUAGGGUUGGGGAUCUGGAGCAGGGAUCCCUAGUCAGGUGUGCUCUGUACUGUGCCCUGGGAGCGAAGCAGCUCCUGUUCCGCAGUCUAAACCGCCCCAAGACCAAGGAUCAGAGGUGUUUGUCGGCCUCGACUUCCCUGAGCCCUGGUCCCUGAGCCCGCCACAGCCGUUCCCGCCGGCUUGGGAACGACCCCCAUCGCCUUGGACCUCGGAGGCAGGCACACAUUCGUUAAACCGUAUGCCUCCUCAGUGUCGCCCCCCCCCCCAGCCGACCUGGAGCUGGGACGCAGUAGCAGCCCCGCCUCCGCGCCGGGGUCAGGUUUCGACCCGAGAUUAGGUGAACUGAUUGGGGGUUAAUGAGAGCGACGCCAGCUCUCAGCCGUGCUGGCUCCGGGGACCCCCGGCCUCCUGGCCACUGAUCGCUCGCACGCGCUCCGGUUUCAUCUGACUGGUCCCCUAAACCGGUGCUGCUCCACGGAUUUGGGCGCCGCGUGUUUGGCAGUCUGUGCACCCUCAGUUCAGCCUCAAGUUCCUUAGGACAAGAUCAUUGAACUUGGAGUAACCUCAGGCUGAGGAUCCAAACAUUCAUCCAGAGGCUGGCCAUCAUGCCGCGCUCCUUCCUGGUCAAGAGCAAGAAGGCGCACAGCUACCACCAACCGCGUUCCCCGGGGCCAGACUACUCCCUCCGUCUGGAGACUGUGCCCGCGCCGGGAAGAGCAGACCCUGUGAAUGCAGGCGAGGCGAAGACGGCGCCCCGAGACCGUUUGUCCCCCGACUCUCAACUAACCGAGGCUAAUGACAAAGCCUCCGCGACCCCCGACAGCUGCGAAGGCAGCGUUUGUGAUCCGAGCUCCGAGUUCGAGGACUUCUGGAGGCCCCCUUCUCCCUCGGUGUCUCCAGCCUCUGAGAAGUCGCUGUGCCGGUCUCUGGACGAAGUUCAACCCUACACCCUGCCUUUCAAGCCCUACGCUUGGAGCGGCCUCGCCGGGUCCGACCUGCGGCACCUGGUGCAGAGCUACCGGCAGUGCACCGCCCUGGAGCGCAGCGCGGGAUUGAGCCUCUUCUGCGAGCGCGGCGGGGAGCCGGGCCACUCGGCCCCGCUGUACGGCCCUGAGCCGGCUGCGGGCGGAGCCGGUGCGGGGCCACCCGGGACCUGUGGUGCUGCGGGCGGAGCCACCGGCGACUCUGGCCUGGGGCUCUACGGAGACUUCGGGCCUGCGGCGGCCGGGCUCUACGAACGGCCGAACACAGCAGCAGGCAGGUUGUACCAAGAUCGCAGCCACGAGAUCCACGCAGACAAGAGCGUGGGCGUCAAGGUGGAGUCAGAACUGCUGUGCACCCGCCUGCUGUUGGGCGGUGGUUCCUACAAAUGCAUCAAAUGCAGCAAGGUGUUCUCCACACCGCACGGGUUGGAGGUGCACGUGCGCCGGUCCCACAGCGGCACGAGACCAUUCGCGUGCGAGAUGUGCGGCAAGACCUUCGGGCACGCGGUGAGCCUGGAGCAGCACAAGGCCGUACACUCGCAGGAACGAAGCUUUGACUGUAAGAUCUGUGGCAAGAGCUUCAAGCGGUCGUCCACGCUGUCCACACACCUGCUCAUUCACUCGGACACGCGACCCUACCCCUGUCAGUACUGUGGCAAGAGAUUCCACCAGAAGUCCGACAUGAAGAAACACACCUUCAUCCACACAGGUGAGAAGCCCCACAAAUGCCAGGUGUGCGGCAAAGCGUUCAGUCAGAGCUCCAACCUCAUUACCCACAGCAGAAAGCACACGGGUUUCAAGCCCUUCGGUUGCGACCUGUGUGGGAAGGGCUUCCAGAGGAAGGUGGAUCUCAGGCGGCACCGGGAGACGCAGCAUGGACUCAAAUGAGCACCGUGGCCGCCUGCGUCAGCAGCUGCGAACACUACUGUAGAGGACUGCCUGCCUCCCGGCCCUGCUCAGACCCUGCGUCCAGUGAGCAAAGCUCACUAUGGCUUUCCCCCUUCACCUUCCUUCCCAAAGCUGCUGGAGACUGAACUCCCUUUGCAGAGGUCAGCCCAGAGUGGGAGCCACAACCACAGAAUUGUCUGAAGAUGCGGAUCCGAUGAAAUCUCGCACCUCCCAGUCUUUCGCUUUUCUGCUCUGUCUCACAGGCAGGAAAGAACUGGUAAACUUUGGGCCCUGUCUGGUGCGUUAUUUAGAAAGGACGAGCAUUACUCUUCUGAAGACACUGGUUUAGGGAAGGGGCUUCAUUCCUCUGACAUCAGCAGAGGCACUAUCGUCAAGUUUGUCAGAAAAAAGCAGAAAAAAAAGUGGACUUGGUGAUGAGAGGGAGUCAGAGGUCCCAGGAGGUGGGACUGUGGGGUCAGUUCCUGGGGACAAGAUGCCCUUCAUCUGCUCAGCAAGCAUUUAUUGACCGCAGGUUAUCAGAGUAAGGAACUGGGGAGCCAGAGAUUGAAGUCAACCACCCCUGCCUCUCAAAUGUUAUCGGCUGAACUUCAAAGUAGCUAGAGCUCGCGUCCUCCUCCUCCAAGGGAGUUCUGAAAAGACCAUGCAAAUAUUCAGACUUCCCACUUGACACUUUGGGGGCUUCGCAAGUUAAACAAAAAGCAACAAGAGGAUUAUUUAAAAAAUUCAUGGGCAAAUCCAGUCUUUAUUGUUAAGUGGAUCCUUUACCAGCCUGGGCUGGUAGAUGUGGGGCAAAGGCAUUGAACCUCAACUCCUGCCCCUUGUGUACCAUCUAGGAGAGAAGUAUUCUUUCUACUGUGAGGUUUUGUAAAUGUUUCUAAAUCUUCUUGAGUGCAUUAUGUAUGUUAGAUUAUAUUUAUUAGAAUGUUGUUUUAAAUUAAUAAAGUAUUAAGACUGUUA